AGCCGGCGCCAUUUUGAAAGUGGAGUCGCCUGCCCUGCCGCUGCCGCCGCCGCCGUCGCUGUCGUAGCCGCCGCCGCCGCCGCUGGAGAAAGAGCAAGAGUGGGGAAGACCAAGAGUGAAAUCCACCAUCCCGCCGGCUGGUUUGCCAGCCCCUCCUUCCUUCUCCCCCGACCCCCGCCCCCUCCCCCCACAGGUGCCAUCCGCCGCCAUCCGCCCUCUCUACCCCCCCAUCCCCAGGUGAGGGGGGUGAGUUCAGGAAGCGGAGACCCCGAGGAACCCAGCAGGGUCACCAUUUGCAGCGCAACAUGGCAGGAGCUGGAGGAGGGAAUGAUAUUCAGUGGUGUUUUUCUCAGGUGAAAGGAGCAGUAGAUGAUGAUGUAGCAGAAGCAGAUAUAAUUUCUACAGUAGAAUUUAAUCAUUCUGGAGAAUUACUAGCAACCGGAGAUAAAGGUGGUAGAGUCGUCAUCUUUCAACAGGAGCAGGAGAACAAAAUCCAGUCUCAUAGCAGAGGAGAAUAUAAUGUUUACAGCACCUUUCAGAGCCAUGAACCAGAGUUUGACUACUUGAAAAGUUUAGAAAUAGAAGAAAAGAUCAACAAAAUUAGGUGGUUACCCCAGAAAAAUGCUGCUCAGUUUUUAUUGUCUACCAAUGAUAAAACAAUAAAAUUAUGGAAAAUCAGUGAAAGGGACAAAAGACCAGAAGGGUAUAACUUGAAAGAGGAAGAUGGAAGGUAUAGAGAUCCUACUACAGUCACUACACUACGUGUGCCGGUCUUUAGGCCCAUGGAUCUAAUGGUUGAGGCCAGUCCACGACGAAUAUUUGCCAAUGCUCAUACAUAUCACAUCAACUCAAUUUCUAUUAAUAGUGAUUACGAAACGUAUUUAUCUGCAGAUGAUUUGCGGAUUAAUCUUUGGCACCUGGAAAUUACAGACAGGAGUUUUAAUAUUGUGGAUAUCAAGCCUGCCAAUAUGGAGGAGCUGACAGAGGUGAUUACAGCAGCGGAAUUCCAUCCAAACAGUUGUAACACAUUUGUAUACAGCAGCAGUAAAGGAACUAUUCGGUUAUGUGACAUGAGGGCAUCCGCCCUCUGUGAUAGGCAUUCUAAACUGUUUGAAGAACCUGAAGAUCCGAGUAACAGGUCUUUUUUUUCUGAAAUCAUCUCUUCAAUUUCUGAUGUAAAAUUCAGCCAUAGUGGUCGAUAUAUGAUGACUAGAGACUAUUUGUCAGUCAAAAUUUGGGACUUAAAUAUGGAAAACAGGCCUGUGGAAACAUACCAGGUGCAUGAAUACCUCAGAAGUAAACUUUGUUCACUAUAUGAAAAUGACUGCAUAUUUGACAAAUUUGAAUGUUGUUGGAAUGGAUCUGACAGUGUUGUCAUGACUGGAUCUUACAAUAAUUUCUUCAGAAUGUUUGACCGGAACACAAAGCGAGACAUAACCCUAGAAGCAUCACGGGAAAACAAUAAACCUCGCACAGUUCUGAAGCCACGCAAAGUGUGUGCAAGUGGCAAGCGAAAGAAAGAUGAAAUAAGCGUUGACAGCCUAGACUUCAACAAGAAAAUACUUCAUACAGCCUGGCACCCCAAGGAGAAUAUCAUUGCUGUAGCUACUACAAACAAUCUGUAUAUAUUUCAAGACAAAGUGAAUUAGGGUUGGCAUUCCUAGCAGAAGAGCCCACUUCCUGCUUAGUUGAGAUAGUUGAAUCUAGCAUUCAUACUUAAAAAAGAGAGGUCCAUUGUGGCGCCCCUUUUCCAGUGUUUGACAAUGUGCCAUUCGACAACACAUUUUUAAUAGCUACAUGGAGAAAGCUCUGUGGAUUCCUCACUGUGGUGUUCUCCAUGUCUGCUAGCCAUUUAGGUAAGGGUAGGGCACUUUUAAUUUAAAUGACUUCUUGCACCAUCUUGCCUAAUGGACUAGAUUGGACUGUAUCAACAUUGAUUUACUCCACUUUUUAUGCCUUCCAUUGUGAUGACGUCAAACACAAGUGAAAGCCUUCAGUCAUGCUUAUGGGAUUUAAUUGUGUAUCCUCAUUACUGUAUCAUUUGUGGGGUACACCCCUCCCCCCUUUUUUAAAUUAAAUACAGCUCAUUCUUACUGUGGCUUGUAGCAUUCCUCCUCUUCUGGCCUCCUGGACUCUUCCCCUUCAUCUCUCUUACCCUUGCCCCUCCACCCAGUCUUGGUGGUGGUAUAAAAAAGGAAAGAACGAAAGCACACAAAACGAGUCAGUUUGGGGUCAGUGGUAAAGGGGUUAUAUGUUGCGAACAAAUGUUUUAAUAACAGUUGGCUGUAAUCACUCCUUGCCAUGUCUGGCACUGAAAAUAAGGAAAAAAAAAACUACUACUGAAUAAAAGUGACAAAGAAUGGAGAAUCUGGUUUUCUUUUUCUUUUUAAUCUACCCCUUUAAGCCAAUAUUUUGUGUCAUAGCUUUGGGUGCAGUGAAAUGAAAUGAGGUUCCAUUGUUUUAUGGGUAUUUUUGUUAAUUAUUUUUAACAAGUGUUCUUUUACAUGGAGGAGAGGUAUUGGUUCUGUAUGAACAUGUUUUGACUAUAUAUUGAUAUUACUAAGGAUAUCAUGAUCUAUACAUGCUACUAGAUUUUUUUUUUUUACUGUAGUUAUAAGGGUAUUGGAUACAUUGUAUCUACACUUAAUUCAUUAUCUGUUAAUGAAACUGUUGUAAAUGGGAACCAAAUUUGUAGAACUUCAUUUUUAAAGACUUUACAGUGCUUAAUUUCAUUUUUGUGUUACUAAAUACUAAGUCAAAGUCUUAAAGUUUUUAAACAAGUUAAAACUUUUUUUAUCAGUCAGUCAUAAAACUAUAACAUAAAACUAUCCUCAAGUGAUUUACAUAGAUAAAAUGGACACUGCACUAAAUUUUUUUUUUGUAUUUUACUGCUAUCAAAUCUGAAUGAAAUGUACUUUGUCAUAGAUGUUUUUCUUUUAUUUUUGGUUUUCCAAAGCUAUUAAUGUUAAAGACAAACUUUAAAGGUACAGUGUUCCAAAAGUGCUUAAUGGAUUCCAACAGCUGCCUCAAAUAAAAAUUUAGUAAUAUGUAUAUGACUACAUUUUCCCUAAAUGGUGAUACCUUAUCCAAAGAUGAAGAGUACCCCUAUUUUUAAUAGGUAGAAUGAACCUUUGUGUCAAUCCUGCAGAAGCUUUAAUGGAGAAAGAAUGACCUUUAUUUUUCAAAGAUAAAUGAGUAGGCAUUUAUAUUAGAGAAUGGUAGUAUGUUUUGGUUGAGCAGUAAUAUACAACCUUGAAUUUUAGAGGACUCUGAGUGCUUCUUAUUAUUUGUCCACUACCUUAUUGUUCUCUUCUCACCAAUGAAAAAUGAUUAAAGAAUUCCACCAUAAUUCCCUCUACACUUAUACAGAUAUUAUGUCUUGUAAGUUAACAUUUUUAGCACACAGGAGAAAUUAUAUGUAAUAAAAUUACUGUAUCUUUUGGACUUAACAAAUUUGAAUUUGUGUUUAAACACUUUGAUUAUAUGUCUGAUAAUUCUUAAAAUAAUGGCACUUUUACUAAUUUAUUUGGGGAUCUUGGGUACAUUCAUAACUUGUGUUUUUCUUCAUGCUUGACUUGGAAGUGGGCUAUUCCCCUGCCAUGAGCAGAUCAGGCAGUUUUCCAGAAGAUCUUCUUGGGAGAUUGCUUCCCUAAAGUUUGGGUGUAGGUAUUAAAAUAACACCAUCAAACAGC